CGGGGCGCGGCAUUUCUGGAAGUCCUGCCUAUAAAACUCCAUCUUCCAGCUGUCGUUUUCAUUAAACAAGUCCAAUCCGAGCACCCGAGAGUAGAGAAAGGGCGGUGUUACAGACGAUCAAAGGCGCAGAUCUCGCAGCACAUCCUAAAAUUCCGAGCGUCGCACCAUGAGGAAGCCAUCCCUCCGGGUCCUCUUCUCCCUGUCCGUCCUGCUCCUGCUGCAGGAACACUCAACUUGGGCCAGACGCUCAGGCUCCUCCGGCAGAAGCUCUUCCAGCUCGUCUUCGUCUUCAUCAUCAUCAUCAUCAUCCUCCUCAUCAUCUUCUAAAUCUUCGUCGCACACCAAGACCUCACAAGGGAGCAAUACGCACUCCAGUGGCUCCCCCAAGCAAUCGCACAACCCAAGCAGCCAUCCAGCUGCAGGAGGCCAUAACACUUGGAGGUACCCUAGCAGGCGACCGGGGUAUCGACCGGUGUCGGGGGUUUACACUGCCGGGGAGGAGGAGACCCCCAACUGGAACCCCAAUAAUGAGAUCCUCAGCCCCCGGUAUGGUGGAGGCGGGGGCAAAGGAGGGCGCUCCCCGUUCUCUUACCAGGUGCAGCAGAUGGGCUACGGGCCGAACAAGCAAUCCAAGGGUUACGCCAAGACGGCGGCGGUGGCGGUGGGCACCGGGGUGGUGGCCGGAAUGGCCGUGCACUACGGGCUGGGCCGCUUCCCGCGCCCGCACGUCACCUUCCGCAGCCCCGAGGAGCGGUACUACUACAACCGCUACAUGUACCAGCGCUACGGCUCGCACUCCACCGACAAGGACGACUUCGGCCGGGACUACCGCUACAAGCCGAGGGAGAGGUCCUACGACAGCCACAUGGAGAGCUGCAUGGCCGAGGACGACCUGCUGCGGGCGGGCGGGCACGGGGCGGAGCCGCAGGGCGACGAUCCCAACGCAGCGGCCAACAACGGAAGCGAGGCUGGAGCCGCCGGCCUGUUGCCGGGCAACGGCACCGUCAACGCGACGGCGGCCCCCGACGCGACGGCGGCCCCUGACGCGGCGGGCGGGGCGGAGCGGAAUUCCACCCCGCCCCCGGAGAUCCACGUCCCGCCGCCCGUCCGUCCCACCGGCGGAGCGAAGGAAGGGGGUGAGGAAGGGGAGGAGGCCGACUUCGUCAGCAUCGUGGAAACUGGAUACCCAGAGCUGGUGGAGCAGCUGAAGGUGCAGAAGUGCGUGGAGCGCUACAUAAACUACUCUCAUCCUUACCUGGAGAGGCAGACCGCAGAGCAGUUUCCCCAGGGAGCCGCAGCUCAGCAGCGCCCCCUCUGCCUGGGAGUGUUAGUUCUGCUCACCACUGCACUCAUGUUCUUGAGCAGCAGUGUCCUUCUGCAGUGA